AUGGCUUUUGGAAUUAUGCUCCUCCUGGGUGUCUUGGCUUCUUAUCAUGGAUUCAACUUGGAUGUGGAGGAGCCCGUGAUCUUUCAAGAAGAUGGAGCUAGCUUUGGACAGAGCGUGGCCCAGUUUGGCAGCUCUAGAGUUGUGGUGGGAGCCCCUCUGGAGGUGGUGGCGGUCAACCGAACAGGACAGAUGUACGACUGUGUGGCUGCCACUGGCUUAUGUCAACCCAUACCACUGCACACACCCCCAGGGGCCGUGAACAUGUCCCUGGGCCUGUCCCUGGCAGCCUCCACCAAUCACUCCUGGCUGCUGGCCUGUGGCCCCACCAUGCACAGAGCCUGUGGGGAGAAUAUGUAUGCAGAAGGCUUCUGCCUCCUGUUGGGCUCCCACCUGCAGACCAUUUGGACCAUGCCUGCUGCCCUGCCAGAGUGUCCAAGUCAAGAGAUGGACAUUGUCUUCCUGAUUGAUGGUUCUGGCAGCAUUGUCCAAAGUGACUUUAAGCAGAUGAAAGACUUUGUCAGAGCCGUGAUGGGACAGUUUGAAGGCACCAACACCCUGUUCUCCCUGAUACAGUACUCCAACCACCUGAAGAUCCACUUCACCUUCACCCAAUUCCAGAGCAGCUCGAGCCCUCAGAGCCUGGUGGAUCCCAUCGUCCAACUGGAUGGUCUGACGUUUACAGCCACGGGCAUCCUGAAAGUGGUGAAAGAACUAUUUCAUAGUAAGAAUGGGGCCCGUAAAAGUGCCAAGAAGAUCCUCAUUGUCAUCACAGAUGGGCAGAAAUACAGGGACCCCCUGGAGUACAGUGACGUCAUCCCUCAGGCAGAGAGAGCUGGCAUCAUUCGCUAUGCCAUUGGGGUGGGAAAAGCUUUCCAGGAACCCACUGCCAGGCAGGAGCUGAACACCAUUGGCUCAGUGCCCUCUCAGGACCACGUGUUCAGGGUGGACAACUUUGCAGCACUCAGCAGCAUUCAGGAGCAGCUGCAAGAGAAGAUCUUUGCAGUUGAGGGAACCCAGUCAAGGACAAGUAGCUCCUUCCAACAUGAGAUGUCGCAAGAAGGCUUCAGUUCAGUCCUCACACUGAUCAUGGCCCAUAGGAAGUGCUCAGCAAAUGUUUGUUGCAUAAAUAAACAAAAACAGAACAUUUGAGGUUCUCGUGAUGUCCAAAGCUCCGUCAGGUAUGAUCUGGCAUUAGACCCAGGCCGUCUGAUUUCUCGUGCCAUUUUUGAUGAGACCAAGAACUGGACUUUGACUCGAAGGAAAACCCUGGGGAUGGGAGAUUACUGUGAAACCAUUAAGCUGCUUUUACCAGACUGUGUGGAAGAUGUGGUGAAUCCCAUCAUCCUACGCCUCAACUUCUCCUUGGUGGGGGAGCCCAUCCCCUCAUCUCACAACCUUCGCCCUGUGCUGGCUGUGGGCUCACAGGACCUCUUCACUGCUUCUCUCCCUUUUGAGAAGAACUGUGGUCAAGAUCACCUCUGUGAAGGGGACCUGAGUAUCAAUCUCAGCUUCUCAGGCCUGCAGACCCUGGUGGUAGGGAGCUCCCUGGAGCUUAAUGUGACAGUGACUCUGUGGAAUGAGGGUGAGGAUUCCUAUGGUACUGUCAUCCACUUCUACUACCCAGCAGGGCUGUCCUACCGACGAGUGCUAGGAACCCAGCCACCCCAUCAGCGCCCACUGCACUUGGCAUGUGAGGGAGUGCCCACUGGGAACGAGGGCCUGAAGAGCAGCAGCUGUAACAUCAACCAUCCCAUCUUCCAAGAGGGCACUAAGGGCACCUUCAUCGUCACAUUUGAUGUCUCCUACAAGGCCACCCUGGGCAACAAGUUGCUUCUGAGGGCCAAUGCAAACAGUGAGAAUAAUAAACCUACAACCAGCAAGACCACCUUUCAUCUGGAGCUCCCAGUGAAAUAUGCUGUCCACAUGGUGAUCAGCAGGAAGGAAGAAUCUACCAAGUACUUCAACUUUUCGACUUCUGAUGAGAAGAGUAAGAAAGAAGCUGAGCAUCGUUAUCAUGUGAAUAACCUGAGUCAGCGAGAUGUGGCCCUCAGCAUUAAUUUCUGGGUUCCUAUCCUGCUGAAUGGUGUGGCUGUGUGGGAUGUGGCUGUAGUGGCCCCUUCACAGAGUCUCUCGUGUGUGUCGGAGAGGGAACCUCCCCAGCAUCCUGACUUCCUGACCCAGAUUCCAGGGAGUCUUGUACUGAACUGCUCCAUUGCUGACUGCCUGAGGUUCCACUGUAACCUCCCCCCCUUUGGCAUCCAGGAGGAACUUGACUUCAUCCUGAAGGGCAACCUCAACUUUGGCUGGGUCAGCCAGACAUUGCAGAAGAAGGUAUUGGUGGUGAAUGUGGCUGAAAUCACAUUCAACAGAUCCGUGUAUUCCCAGCUUCCAGGACAGGAGGCAUUCUUGAGAGCUCAGACGGCGAUGGUGCUUGAAGUGUAUGAGGUCUAUGAUCCUAUUCCCCUCAUCGUGGGAAGCUCUGUGGGAGGACUGCUGCUCUUGGCUCUCAUCACAGCCAUCCUAUACAAACUUGGCUUCUUCUAACAUCAGUACAAAGAAAUGCUGGACAACAAACCUGAAGACAAUGCCACAUUCAGUCAGGAGGAUGUCAGCUGUGAGGCCCCAAAUUUGCCUUUGUCCUAA